AUGUAUAAUACUUGGAUAGAUGACGGGAGACGCGUAGAAGACUUUGAACGAACAAGAUAUGCAGAUUUCAAAGACGUCCUCGAGAAAUCGUACAAUUUAGCCAGUGAGUCUGAGGCCACUGUGCUGCCUACAUCCGAUUCUGUCUUCAUUAAAAUCUCGCGCACACCUCGAAGCGCUGUGCCGCCUGACAAAGCGUAUGAGUGCCCGCGAUUCGUACUAUUAGCCACUGUGAAAUCGUCAACGUCGUCAUCGCCGUCGCAAUCCUUAUACGUGACAUCGCCAGAGUCUUCGACAAGAAAAGUUUUCACCUCUGUCCCAUUAUCUUCGUGUCGGCCGUCGAAAUACGUCGCUUACAAAUAUGCCGACGUGUCGGGAGUUCGCGUGGAGCCGCGUCUGACCGAGUGUUCCGUAUCUAUUUGCCAUAUCUACUUCAGCGCGAACGUUUCGGAGAAAAAAGAUCUCUCGCGUACUGCACUGCGCAGCUUAACGAGGCUACAAAAGUUUGAUCUUCUCAGACGUAAGGAUCGCCUUUUCCAGUGCGAAGAUCCAUUUUGGACGACCUACGAUCGUCCGAAGCGUCGUAUUAAAAAACAUGCGAUAGGCACGCUCAGUAAACAGAAGAUUUCGCUUGUACCAAUCGCUUUCGAUGAGAGGUAACCUAACGAUACUUGUCACGGCUGUCAUU